GCUUGUUCUAUAUUGACUCGGAAGUAAGUUUUAUUAAUGAACGCGUCUCGUUAUUAAUAACUACCCUCGAUGAAUUGGAUAUACUCCUCAAUUGAGUAUUCGAGAGGAAGAUAGUUAAAGAUAUAACCGGGAUCGACGAACAUUUCAUUAAGUGGAUAAAAGCAAAACCAAGUCUUCUUCUCAUUAAGUAAACCACAUAACUCGUUCAUCUUCGUGUUUAAUUCUAAUUAAAUCACUCAAACCUGAACCCCCCCUUUUGUUACUAGUUAAUUAAAAAGAGAAAUAUUCCUUUCCCUGUGGAUACGAACCUUACUUCAUUAUACUACGUAUAAUUGUUGUAUUGAAUAUUAUUUUGAGUGCACACCACGACAAAGUGCACGUCAAAUUUGGCGCCGUUGCCGGGGAAAGGCAAUUAUUUUUCUUUUUAUUUUAUUUCAAGAAAAAUAAACAAAAAAUAAUAAAAAAAAAAACAAAACAAAAAAAAAUCUUACUCUUCUAUUUUCUGAGCUUACAUGAGUUAUGAGUAUAUGGAUACCAACACAUCAUCCUUAGAGAGUCAAAUUUCCUUCUUGACUUCUCUAAUAAAGGAAUAUAUUUUAAGCUCAGAAGCUCAAGAUGCCAAAACAUGCAACAUUUGCAUGUCUCACGGACAUCUUACGGAUUUUUGCCCAAAACUCCAACAAGAAUACCUUGAGAAUUUUGAUUAUGUUGGCUUCCAAAGGAAAGUACCUCACAUGAUGUAUGAUCCAUUCUCCAACAUGUCUACGGAGGACAUGCUUCGGACUCUUACUACCAACAUGACCAUCAUGCAAAACAAUAUGGUGCAAUUCCAAAAUGAGACCAAGUCUAAAAUUUUAAACUUGGAAACUCAAGUGAGUCAAAUAGCCGGAGCUAUGAGUGGGCUCGAAGCAAGGGAUUCAGGACAACUUUCCUCUCAAAUAGAAUGUGAUCCUAAACAGCAAACUUUUGCAAUCACAGUGACAAUUGAGAAGGAAAUGCAAAAGGAGAUCCCAAAUCCAGAAGAAAUACAAGAAGAAAGAAACACGGAGUUCCAGCUAGUCAAAGAAGAGAAUGAACCGAGUUUCAAGGUCCAAUAUCUGACCUUAUCAUCCUUUGAGGUAUCUCCAUCAUCCCUGUACUCUUUAAGAGAAACUCAUAAACUUGAAAAGGACAAUGGCAUUUCUGAAAUCUCCUUCAAAAUUGAGGGAUCGAAAAACUUCUCAUUGACCAUGCUAAACGAUAAUUUCUUCCCCUUCCUCCCACCACAUGAAUCAAUAAAAAUCUGGAUAUUUGAUCCUGGAAAGAUUUCCAAAGUGAAGAGUCGAGAAAUUUAUCAUUCCUAUGAAGGUCCUAGGAGUGAAAGUGUGAAGAAGAUAAACUAUCACGAUCCAAGUUUAAAUGACUGAACACAAUGAUGGCGUCGUGCCGCGACGUUAAAUAAGGCGCUUCUUGGGAGGCAACCCAUGUAAGGAUCCUAAGGGUAACGAAAAAAAGAAUUGAGGUUGAUAAGAGAUAUGGAGUUGAAGACCCCUCUUUACUCUUAUAUUUUUGGAGAUAUUUUUUGGUUUACUCGAGACGAGUAAAGGUUCAAGUGUGGGGGUAUUUGAUAUGCACUAAUUAGUAGUGCAUAAGUGUAUGUUUUUAAGUUUGAUUUGUGUGUAUUGUUUAUCGUUUUAUUUAGUUUAUAAACAUUUGUGUGAUUUUAGUUGUAAUUGUAUUUUAGUUCUCAUUUGUAAGUUGUAAAGUAGAGUUAGGAUUUAUGGUGUUGGAAAGGAAGACUUUGAAUGUGAAGACAAAUAAUUCUUGGCUGCCCAGGACAAUCACCCGGUCGGGUGAGGCAUUGCACCCGGUCGGGUGAGAAAUUUAAAUGCGAAACUGCUCAGGAAAUUACAUCACCCGGUCGGGUGAGGUAUUUCACCCGGUCGGGUCCGACUUGACCCGGAACACCAGAACGUGCCGAAGAUCGCCAGAACGUGGAAGAUAUUUGAUUUUGACAUGCACCCGGUCGGGUGGGCACUUUACCCGGUCGGGUACCCGGCCAAAGGUGUUGAAAAACACCUAUAAAUAGCCCCAUUUUCCUUCACAAAUCAUCAAUCCCUUCUUCCAUACUCUUAAGCUCAGUUUAGAAUAGUAUUUCUUUUAUAUUUUUAUAGCAUGUUUAGUCUCCAAAUGAGGAGCUAAACUCUUCCAUCUUGGUUUUGCUACUUCGAAGCUUAAUGAAUUUGUAAGUUGUGAGUUAUUA